UCUUAUCUGCCGCACAACACAACCGAAUUAGAAGAAGAGAUAGAGAUUAUACUUGAAACGUUUCAGCUUGCUGCAUAUAGUAUGGCUGUCUUGAUAAAAUUCUCUGCCAAAUUGAAUUUUUUUGUAUCCUUCUUCCUUGUAUUGGGAACUGUGGCAUCUAGCGAUGAACUAACAGGGCCGCAAAAAGAAGUGGUUUCAAUCUAUAAUGACGGCUUUACGACACCGGAAUCCAGAAAUCCAUAUUUUAUCGAAGUUUACCGAUGCGUUAAAAUUGACAAAAAGUAUAUAGUGAAAUGCCUUGCCAAAUAUCCCGUUCAAGCAACGAUGACUAAUAUCGAAAUAGUAGUGCCCGAUCUUACAAAUAAAGUGCGGGAUCCUGGUAACGCAAAAAAGUUUUAUAAAUAUAUAGUUUUUAAUCAUACAUCUUGUAAAUGUGGAAAUCUCAAAGAAAGGAAACUUUAUUACACGUUAUCUAAUAAUCGUGUGUCAGAGUCGUAUUACCGGAAGAACUAUAAGAAAAAUCCAAAGAAUCUGCAAAGUUCGUCUGAUUAUUGCAACAAAGCACAAAGAAGAUAUAAGCUCCCCCGAGAUCAUUAUUUCACGCCACCAAAAUUUAAAUAUGUUGGGUACGAACAGUGCUUGCCUGGCUGCGUUGUAAAGAAAAAUGUUACGUUUUACCCUAAUUUCCCAACAACAACAGGAGACAUCUCGAAAUUUCAGGAAAGACGUGGAGCUGGUGAUAUACGCCGAAUCGGUAAAAAUUUUCUUCGCUGCUGUCAUUGAUAUUACUGACAAUAUUAAUUAUAUAUAUCGAGUUAACUCUUUGUCGUCGAAAAAAAGGGUUUUGUCUAUGCUUCGAAUUAUUUCUGAAUGAAUAAAUGA